AAUUUAGCAAUUCCUCACAUAACAAAAGGGAGUAAUGUUUUAUGUGCAGCUGAAACUGGAUCAGGUAAAACAAUUGCAUACAUGGCUCCAUUGAUAAACCGACUCAAAGAUGAAGAAGAACAAUUGGGUGUGAUAACAAGGUUUAAGAAACCACGGGCUCUCGUUAUACUCCCAUCAAGGGACCUCGCUAAUCAAGUGUUGUCGGUCGCGAAAUUAUUCUCUCACGUUGUAAAGAUUCGGAUAGUAGCGGCGAUUGGUGGUAAGAAAAAGAGAUUUAUUAAGGAAGCAUUGACAAAGCCAGUUGAUGUCUUGAUAGCUACACCAGAUUCAUUACUAAAGCUAAAGCAGCAAGACAGGAUCAGCUUUUCUGAUGUGUCACAUUUAGUUCUUGAUGAAGCUGAUAGCCUCUUUGAUCAGUCCUUCGAAGACACUACAUUUAACUUAUUAAAAAUGAUGAAAAUAAGAGAAGUAAAACCUAAAAAUUAUUCUGACAUGAGGGAAGGUGCUCAAGUGACUGUGGUCUCUGCUACAAUCACCAACAGGAUGUUGACAUCGCUCACCGAGAAAAUCCCGAAUAUUAAGAAGAUCACUAGUAAGCAGCUUCAUAAGAUCCUUCCUAAUGUUGAGCAGAAGUUUAUCAAAGUAAUAGCUGAGCAUAAAGCAGAGCUUCUUUUGAAAGUUCUUGAAGGCUAUAGUAAUACUUACAGCAUUGUGUUCUGUAAUUCUGUCCCUAGCUGUGAUUGGACUGCUAGAUUUUUGGAAUCUUGUGGUAUACCGGUGGUGAAACUUCAUGCUGGAAUAAACGCUAUG